CCCACUACGAGAGAGAAAGGCAGCAGAAAAGAAAACAGGGGCUGGUGUCCGGUCCAAGAUCCAGAGCGAGAAACAUACCCCCCCUCCCCGGCCAGCUGCUUUGACCCAUUUUCGUGUCCGGCGAGCGAUCUUAACCUUGGCCUACUGCGCCGACGAGGGGGGGAGCUUCUUUCUACGGUCAUGCCGCCGAUGGAGCUGGUGGGGAGAUCGCUCUUGCAGGCAGCAGGCUCUGCCAGCACCGCAGCGCCGCGCGGCGGCCGGGAGCGCGGGGGCGGCGGGCUCUGCUUCGCGAGCCUCGGCGGGAGGCAGGGGAGGAGGACGGUGCGGUCGAAGGCGCCGGUGGGCGCCCUGGCCGAGCGGGUCGUCCUCACCCCGGCGCCGGCGGAGAGGGUGGCCCGGCCGGAGGCGCACCCGCAGAGCGUGGCUGCGAGGGCCGUGGUCACCGUGCGCCGGAAGCGCAAGGUGGAGGUCAAGGAGCAGGUCGCCGAGCAGAUGGACGCCUACGCCGACAGGGUCGGCCGGAGCGUCCUGCUCGAGCUCAUCAGCACGGAGACAGACCCAAGAAAGGGAGGCCCCAAGAAGAGCAAGAAGUCGAAGCUGGUGGGGUGGUUCGAGAAGCGGGACGUCAAGGCGGAGCUGGUGGUGUACACGGCGGAGUUCACCGUCGACGCGGCCUUCGGCGAGCCGGGCGCGGUCACCGUGCUCAACCAGCACCAGCUCGAGUUCUUCAUCGAGAGCAUCCUGGUGGAGGGCUUCCCGUCCGGCCCGGCGCACUUCACCUGCAACUCGUGGGUCCAGCCCACCCGCGUCGACCCGGCCCCGCGGGUCUUCUUCACCAACAGGCCCUACCUGCCGUCCAAGACGCCGCCGGGGCUGAGGGAGCUCCGGCGACGGGAGCUCAAGGAGCUGCGCGGCAGCGGCACCGGCGUGCGCAAGAUCACCGACCGGGCCUACGACUACGACGUGUACAACGACCUGGGCAACCCGGACAAGGGCGCCGGGUUCGAGCGCCCCGUCCUCGGCGGCGACAAGCUGCCGUACCCGCGCCGGAUGCGGACGGCACGGCCAAGCACCGUCACAGACGAGGGCGCGGAGAGCAGGGUGGAGUACCCGGAGCCCAUCUACGUGUCGCGCGACGAGGAGUUCGAGGAGGGCAAGAACGAGAUGCUGUCCGAGGGCGCCAUCAAGGCGCUGCUCCACAACUUCAUGCCGCUGCUGGUGAGCUCCGUCUCGCCGGACAGCCGCGACUUCGCCGGCUUCCACGACGUCGACAACCUCUUCAAGGAGGGCCUCCGCCUCAAGCAGGCCCUCCACGACCAGCUCUUCCAGAAGAUCCCCUUCGUGCGCAAGAUCCAGGAGAACAGCGAGGGCCUCCUCCGCUACGACACCCCCGACAUCAUCAAGAAGGACAAGUUCGCGUGGCUGCGCGACGACGAGUUCGCGAGGCAGGCGCUGGCUGGCAUCAACCCCGUCAACAUCGAGCGGCUUCAGGUGUUCCCGCCGGUGAGCAAGCUUGACCCGGCUGUCUACGGCCCGCCGGAGUCGGCCAUCACGGAGGAGCACAUCAUCGGGAACCUGGACGGCAUGUCGGUGCAGCAGGCGCUGGAGGAGAACAAGCUCUACAUGCUGGACUACCACGACAUCUUCAUGCCUUUCCUGGACCGGAUCAACUCGCUGGACGGCCGGAAGGCCUACGGGACGCGCACGCUCUUCUUCCUGACGGCCGGGGGCACGCUGAAGCCCAUCGCCAUCGAGCUGUGCCUGCCGCCCAUGACCGACGACUGCAAGCGCGCCAAGCGGGUGUUCACGCCCCCCGCCGACGCCACCAGCAUCUGGCUGUGGCAGCUCGCCAAGGCCCAUGUCUGCUCCAACGACGCCGGCGUCCACCAGCUCAUCAACCACUGGCUGAGGACGCACGCGUGCAUGGAGCCCUUCAUCAUCGCGGCGCACCGGCAGAUGAGCGCCAUGCACCCCAUCUUCAAGCUGCUCAAGCCGCACAUGCGCUACACGCUCAAGAUCAACGCGCUGGCGCGGCAGAUCCUCAUAAACGGAGACGGCGUCAUCGAGUCGGGGUUCACCCCUGGCCGCUACUGCAUGGAGAUGAGCUCCUUCGCCUACGACAACCUCUGGCGGCUCGACCAGGAAGGCCUCCCCGCCGACCUCAUCGGAAGAGGUAUGGCGGUGGAGGACGCGAGCCAGCCGCACGGGCUCCGGCUGCUCAUCGAGGACUACCCCUACGCCACCGACGGGCUGCUCCUCUGGUCGGCCAUCGCGCGGUGGUGCGAGGCCUACGUGGCGGCCUACUACCCGUCCGACGAGGCCGUGCAGGACGACUACGAGCUGCAGUCGUGGUACACGGAGGCCGUGCAGGUGGGGCACCCGGACAAGCGCGACGCGCCGUGGUGGCCGCGCCUCACGACGGCCGGCGACCUCGCGUCCCUGCUCACCACGCUGGUGUGGCUGUGCUCGGCGCAGCACGCGGCGCUCAACUUCGGCCAGUACCCGCUCGGCGGCUACAUCCCCAACCGGCCGCCGCUCAUGCGCCGGCUGGUGCCGGCCGAGGGCGACCCGGAGUACGAGCACCUCGUCGCGGACCCGCACCGGUUCUACCUGUCGGCGCUGCCCAGCCUCACGCAGACGACGACGUUCAUGACGGUCAUCGACACGCUCUCCACGCACUCCGCCGACGAGCAGUACCUCGGGGAGCGGCCCAACGAGGAGUGGACGGCGGACCCGGCGGCGCUGGCUGCCGCGCGCGAGUUCGCCGCGGAGGUGCGCCGCGCCGAGGAGGAGAUCGAGCGGCGCAACGCCGACCCCUCCCGGCGCAACCGCUGUGGCGCCGGCGUGCUGCCGUACGAGCUCAUGGCGCCGUCGUCCGGGCCGGGCAUCACCUGCCGAGGCGUCCCGAACAGCGUCACCAUCUAGCCCGCAGAGAGUAAAUUCAAGGGACCGUGGGAAUUUUUCAGCCUCGAUAUACUUUGGGCAGGGAACGUCUCAGGGAAAGUAGAUAAGAGAGAAACGCCAUUGAUUUGGGCCCUCGCCGUGAAGGGCCGAAUCGCCAUUGAUUUGGGCCCAGAUAGGAGAAGAUUUAAUUGCAUUUUUUUUCUGUUCAAAAACUGGGGCAUGCUAAUAUAGUGGAAUGUGUAAAUGAUCUUGUAAGUUCCUAUAGUAAAGGGAUUCCGACAGAUGCUUGAAACAUGUGUAAAUCAAUGGAAAAUAAUUCAGAGUA